CAAAGUAUUUCAUAGUCCAUAUACCUGGCAGAGGUUAGGGUUGUUGGAACACACCCUGCAAACAAAAGGAAAACUGAUUUGCACAGAGUUGUUGCAAACGAAGACAUGAAAUUGGCGAAGGGUUAAAUCUCUGGUGUAUACUGACAACAGUAGACUUUUUCAGCUUGAAACUAUUGAUUUACACAAAUGGCUGGCUGCACCUAUCAUCCAAUAAAAGGAUACUGGUUAUUACAGUGUUAAAACAGAGUUUCAACUGAAGCCGAAUGCUCAGCUCAGUCAACAAAGCACGGGAUUAAUUUGUUUCCAAAAGCCUCAUUCAUCUCAUUGCCAGACCUCUAAACUAAUCACUGGUGCUCGCUAUUCGCUGCUGACUCAAACUAACAAAUCCUGAACUACAGGACAAAGGCACAGUUUUUUCAACCAUGCAUAAUUUAGAUAUGGAUUACCGGUCUAUGGCCUCGCCCCUUGGGAUUGUGCGCUUCUUUCAGGUGUUUCUCUCAUGCACAUCUUUCAGUUUGGUGGCCAGUGUGCAUGCCUUUGGCAAUUCCUAUGGGUCCUGGAGUAUGUUUACAUGGAUCUUCUGUUUUAUAGUUACUAUCCUUAUCAUCAUUCUGGAGCUAACUGGCCUUUGCAGACGAAUUCCAAUCUCCUGGGAAGACUUCACAUCAGCAUUUUCAAUGUUGGCAACACUGAUGCUCUUCACUACAUCCAUCAUGUACCCUGCAGUGUUCCUAAAUGGUGGGUGCAGUGGCCAUUCCUGUGCCUGCCGAGGCUCCGCUACGGCCACCUCCAUCUUAUGCUUCUUUGCCUAUGCCAUAGAAGUGGGACUUACCCGAGCCAAACCCGGGGAAAUCAGUGGGUUCCUAGCUACUGUUCCAGGUUUGCUGAAGGUCUUCCAAUCGUAUGUGGCCUGUGUCAUCUUUUCCAUUCUGCCUAUUAAUAUGUAUACUACAUAUCCUGGACUCCAGUGGUGCGUUGCCGUUUAUUCCAUCUGCUUCAUUAUUACCACUCUCAUUAUUAUUUUUACCAUUGGAGGCCUCCUAGCGAGAUCGCCAGUGGACUUUGAGAAGUUGCUCAUAGCUUACAACUUCCUGUCUGUAGCAAUGUACAUUACUGUGGCCGUUAUUUGGCCAUAUUACUGUUUUAAGGACAGCUCAGGUAGGCCCACAAACUGUGGAAAUUAUUGUGUGUGGGACAAUAUGCUUGCAAUAACCUUCCUCGCAUAUAUAAACUUGGUUGCUUACAUUGUGGACAUGGUAUACUCUAUCAAAAUGGUUUUCUUUGUUGUCAACACAUAGACUCUACUGAAAAUGGCAGGAUUACGUCAAUAUCAUACAAUAGAAAUGAAAUAAAACGGGAACAACCAUGGUUUGGUUUUAUACAAUA